AUGCAGCGGAACGUCCAUGGUCGGUCUUCGAACUCGGGACUUCCACAACCUACUUCAAAGGAGACUCGUAAAGUUGAAAAUGCGGAGUCGAACUUGACUUCAUCUUCCCUCUGUUUGAUAUCAGAAAACUUUUGUCACAUAGCUCACAUGUAG